AUGGCUUCCAACGGAUCCGAAUCGCCAGACGAGUCCUUCUUCAACGACCUCUCCCAGCAAGCGCAAGACUCGAACACUACCAACGGCCAGGAAACGCAACAGGAUGGAUCAAGCAAGGUCAAGAGGAUUGCGUGUGUUCUGUGUAGGAAGCGGAAGUUGCGAUGCGACGGCACCCGGCCAACAUGUUCGACCUGUAAACGUCUGAACCACGACUGCGCAUACGACGAAGUACGCAAGAAAAGUGGACCCAAGCGCGGCUACGUGAAGCUGCUCGAACAACGGCUGCAGCAAGUCGAGACUCUCCUCAAGACCCAAGACAGCACCGAUUCAAGCAAGGACACCCCGCGCCAGGACGCCGCUUCCGCAUACGUCGCGAACACUCUAAAUCAAUCGCUGCCGAAUUCUGGAGAUGUGCUCAACACAACAGGCAACACUCAAGCGGCCGGUCGGUCGGGGGUUACUGGCGCAAGUCCAUUUCAGAGUGUCGGUAUACCAGGGAACGACGCGGGGCGGGAGACCUCGUGGGAGAUGAUAGGGCUUGGGCUCGAGGAACCUUUACCUCCCCAAGAAAUCAUGGACGAUUUAUAUCAAAUAUACUUCUCCAAGAUCCAUCUCACACUGCCCGUCAUACACAGACCACGGUUCAUGGCCGCACUGAACCUGUCUCCUCAAGCGCGCCCGCCGGUUUGUCUGCGAUACAUCAUGUGGACCCUAGCCGCUUCCAUCACCGACAAGUAUGAGGCCUUACAAGAACAUUUCUACCAACGUGCGAGAAAAUAUGCGCAGAUGGAUGAGAUGCGAGGCCACGGGGAGUCGACCAUCACCCUUGCGCAUUGCCAGACAUGGGUUUUGAUGGCCACGUACGAGUUCAGACAGAUGUACUUCCCAAGAGCCUGGAUGUCGUCGGGGAGAGGCACAAGACUGGCUCAGAUGAUGCAGUUGCAUCGUUUGGACGGGGUUGGGCUAGACGUGAAACAAUGUCUAGCUCCACCCAAGGAUUGGACCGAGCGCGAGGAACGGCGGAGAACGUUCUGGUUAACCUUUUGCAUUGAUCGAUACGCAAGUAUUGGAACUGGUUGGCCGAUGACCUAUGACGAGAAAGACAUCAUGACAAACUUACCAGCAAGCGAAGAAGCAUUUGAGAAGAGUAAACCGAUGGAAACUGGAUCACUGGACCAAAUCCUGAAUCCCAAUGGCGUGCAAAACCUUCAAGCACUCGGCGGUAUCGUCCUGACAGCUGCGAUGUUUGGCCGUAAUCUGCUUCACUUGCAUCGACCAAUGCCAGAUGACAACGAUGACGAUAUCAACGGCGGCUUCUGGAACCGACAUCGAAACAUCGAGCGCAUACUUCUGCAGACAUCGCUGAGUCUGCCGGAUAAUAUUCGUCUACCAACUGGCAUAGCCGACCCCAACGUAGUGUUCACGAACAUGUGCAUACAUACGUCGGCAAUAUGUCUUCACCAAGCAGCCAUCUUCAAAGCAGACAAAUACCGGCUACCAGCAAGUGUCAGCAAUGAAAGCAAAAUUCGAUGCGUAACAGCAGCAGCAGAGAUUGCUUCUAUCAUGCGUAUGAUCAGUCAUAUGGACCUUGGUUCAAUGAACCCGUUCAUAUCUUUCUGUAUUUACGUGGCAGCGAGGGUAUUCGUCCAAUACCUCAAGACGCGACCAAAGGAUCAACAGAUGACCUCCUCGCUACAAUUCCUCUUGCAGGCGAUGGAAGCUCUUCGACGGAAGAACCCACUCACAGAGUCGUUCUUGGUCCAGUUAGAUCUUGAUCUAGAGGGUGCAGGUCUGCAGGGCAUGCGUCAUCAGCCAUACACACAGUCCACGCGCAAAGUGAGUCAAGCCCCAGAGGAUCUCCAGGGACUCAGUGAUACGGCUGGGAUUCAGCUUAGAGCUCUAAGCCAGGGUUCUGCCAAUCCAUUGAUCAAUAUCCGCGAUCCGCCCCAACCUGCCACAGCCGCCAAUACGUUUGGAAACGGCAAUCCAAUCACGCCGGCGCCAACUUCCAAUACGCAAUACUCGAGCAACAUACCUGGUCCGCCAUUUCAUCUCCACACCAUCAAUAGUAUCGACAUGAACGCGCAGAACCAGGCCUACUUACCGUCUCAAUUUGGGUCGAACGGAGGUUUCGGCACCACUGCAGCUCAAGCCUUCACGCCCGCGGGCGGUUUCGCUUUCCACGAUAAUGAGAUGGACCUCUCCGGAGGUGAUAGAGACGUCGACCGGCCUAGCCCCGCAACAAUAAGCUCACAAUCAAGAGGUGGCUCAACAUCACAAUCUUCUUACUCGCCAGGCCAGCCACUCGAACACAACAUCCCAUACCGGGCAUCUCCAAAGAUGACAGCGCCAGGCUCUAGCACCGUCUUUCCAGACCUUGCAGCUAAUGGCGGAACGUUUCCUACAAAUGGCUUCAACCUACCUGGCAACAUGGGCAAUGAAGCUUAUACUGAUGGCUUCGUAAUGGGCAAUGAAUGGGAAUACGCAGCUUUGAACGCGGGCACAGGCCUGACGCCCAUGGCAGACGCGUCCUGGGACUCGAUGUUGGAAAGCGUCACGAUGGGAUGGGAUUCAGUUGGCCCUGGGCAUGAGAAUCAACGGAAUGCUGCUGGAGUAUGA